CGCUUAGCAAAUCACUACUGCAAGGCUCGCACCACCAACGACCAACUUCAAGACCAUUCUGGGACAUAGCCGGACAUUUUAGGGUCCGAGUGCAAGAAAAUCUAGAAGCCCUGAACAGCUACAUCCGAUUGCAGCUGACCUGCUCGAGGGACAGUUGACCCACAUCUAAUAAGGAAAAAGUUCUCAUCAGUUGAAUCCAAAAUGGCCGGCGCGGGGAAGACGUUCGUUGUCGAACAUCUCGACCCGGAGUUGGAGCAGUGGUCAUCGUUAGAAUACGCCUGCAUUGCUCAGGAAUGCUAUGAUACCGGCUCAGAGUUUCUCCUUUCGUCAGUGCCGACCUCCUUGAAAUUGCCAGAGAACCUUCAGCAAGUCAAGGGGUUGAACGUCGAGACAAGAGGAAUCGAAGAGAUCUAUGCAGACCGCAAAGACCGAGUGUGUCUUCUCGAUCCAUCUGCCAGCAAAGACUUAAGCCCAGAGGAUGGUGAUAACUUCGACAUCUUUCUCUUCGGUGGUAUUCUUGGCGAUGAUCCACCCAGAGACAGAACUUCUGAGCUGCGUAAGAAAGGUUACGAAGGCCGUCGACUUGGCCCUGUUCAAAUGACGACCGACACUGCGGUGCGUGUCACAAGAAUCUGCGUUCAGGACAAAGUCCCGGUUGAGAAGAUUUCAUAUGUCGACCAUCCCGAAAUCAGGACAAACGCGAACGAGAGCACAGAGAUGCCGUUUCGCUACGUAGUAGGCAAGGAUGGCGAACCCAUUAUGCCAUCGGGCAUGGUGGAGUUGAUCAAAAAGGACUCGGAAAAGAGUCUGGAGGAUCUUUUCUAGGAUGGCCUGACGACGAUCAUAACGGCUGAGGUUGGAGGCGGCAAACCGA